GGAUCGUGUAACGGUGGGAGUGCCGGCUCGGUCCCCGCCCUGUUUUUUUAAAUACCCCGUAACGAGGUCAGUAUAGACAGGGAUGUGCUGAUAUCUGCUACUUCACAUCGGGGAUACUCUAACUGUGUAGCUGUUGUUUGUCCUGCACCAUGGAGCUGGACCGGCGGCUGUUGCUGGCUCACUGCGCGGCUCACGCCCUCUCGGUGGCGGUGGGCUUGCUGGUGGUCGUCCCGAUGGCUCUGAACGGCUCUGCUUUCAAAGGCCGCUGCGCCCUGUUUUCUAGCGGAUACUGGAGGACCGAUGAACGAGUGGAGCCGACGGGCACGACCGGAGUCGUAGAUCACCUGGUGGUGCAGCAAUGGGGGCCGCCGGCAGCCUGCCAGUUCGCCACGUUUGUGGGCAUUUUCACGGUGCUGUACGGAGCCGCGCAGGGCUGGAGGUGCCUCUUCUAUCUGCAUGGACGACAUGACGACACUCUGUUUUCGUCCUUCCUCACGGUCCUGCUGAGUGUGUGCGUGCUCUUCCUGUCUGGAGGAGCCAGCGUCAUCCUGUCACUAGGAUUCAGCUCCUGGUGCAACAUCGUGACUGAAAAUGACACACGGCCAUACAGCUGUGCGGAGUCGCAGUUCGUGCCACUUUACCUGGACGUGGACACGUCGACUUUCUUCACAGAGCUCAGUCUGGCGCAGGCGUCGCUGUGGUUCAUGACGGCUCUGUGGCUGGUUCAGUCCAUCCUGGCUUUCCUGCGGCUCUACCACUCUCACAGCCAGCACAUCACCGGGCCCUGUCUGCACCGGGAGAAGGAGUUGCUGCUUGGACACAGCCUGUCGGACAGCGGCUCGCCCUCGCCUCCUCCUGUAACACCCACCCUCUUAGUCUAACCCAGAAUGUGUGAGGUAUUAACAGAAGGAGCCUCCAGUAUUUAAAUUUAAACCCAAUAUUUUUUUUCUUCAUGUCACGACUAAUGAUGUCCACUCCGCUGUACGCGAGCCUGACCACUAAAUUUGAUAGUUGUAAUAUUAAUCAGCCAACUGCAGUACAGAGAUGCCAAAGAUACAACAGAAGUAGUUCAGACUUAAAUUAGAAUAUGUCUCUGUGUAAAAUAUUUCUUUAAAUAAAUACUGGCUGAUCCAUAUUGUCCUUAAAUAUCAAUUAUCAAGUAGUUUAUGUUAGUUAAUUGCUUACUAUCAUCACUAAUAUCAGUGGAAUCCCACCUACUGCUGUUUAAAGGUUUUCCCAAAAUCUUUAAAACCUUUCAACCAUCUGGAUGAUAAAUUUCUGAGACAGUUUUCACAUUUCAAAAGGGUCCUCAGACCUUUUCAGAUACCCCUAAAAAUAGCUGGAAACCAUUACUUCCCACUGCAGCAUCAGCACCAGCAGUUACAUCUAAAUAAAAUCCAAUAUUAACAAUAACACAGAUUCUAAACGUUAAAACAGGAAAUGUACACAACUUAUUUGUGUCAGGAUUCACUUUAAUGCAGAAAUAUAGAAAACGAGAAAACAGAACAAGCCGAAGACGGAAAUUUAAGCUCUUUAUCUUCCAUCUUAUUGUCUUGCAAGAUAAAACAAAAUGCAGUAUUUCUGUAUAGACCGAUUAAAAUAACAAUAAUGUAUUAAUUUUGGUGUAUGACAUACAGUUUAGUAUAAAUUAUGCCAUUUCCAGUCACACAGUGCAGCUUAGAAAAGUGUGUUCUUUCUAACGCUUCAUUGGCAGCAGAGUUUCUGCAAAUGGUCUCAGAACAGCAUUCAGUGCGUUCGUUGAGCUUCUGGGGUGACUAUGAAGAAAGGGUAGUGGAUAAAUGAGCCGUGUUGAGCUUAAAGCCAGAGUUUCCAGUGUAAUGAAAGUGGAUUUCUUUUUACUUGGCUAAAUCACCAUGUUAACUGAUGCUCAACAUGUAACGUGGUCCGGAGCAGGUUAUGUUUAGUUUGAUUUAAAAUAGUCUGGAAGCACUUUUCACCUUUUCCUGAAAACAUGCUGUAAGUUCUCUGUUGAAGGAUUUUUUUUAUUUAUUUUUUUUUUAAAUUAGGAAUUGUGUCCAAAUAAUAUCACAGAUGAAAAAUGUGCUGCAGCAACUGAUGAUUUUUACAAUGAGACAAGCGAUUAAUGCUGCAGAAAGUUUUUAAUCUGGUGAUUUAGCGCACAAACAUUUUAAUUCAUGUGAAUUAUUUUAUCACUGAGUGCGCUCUCUGUGCUGCUGUUUAUUUCUAAUGUGACAGCUGCACAGUAGAGCUCUGAAACUUCAACCUGGACAGGUUACUGUCACACAGCGUAGUGGAGGAAAUGUGGAAAUCACUCUAGUUUCUCAGCAGAUCAAAGAGAAAUUAAUUUGAUUGAACAGGUAUUUUUGGCAUGUGUUGUGGUCUUGUAGCUGCAAUCCCAGCAAUGUUAAAGAGACUUAGCAGCAUAUCAGAAUCAAGUAUAACAUUUACACAUUUUCUGCAUCACCAGUUUAAUACAUGCACAUUCUCAACGCACAGUUUGUGGUUCAUUCAGUGGUUUUAGUAAGGUACAGCUUAACAAGCUGCACAUGUACAACGAAUCAGCCCAUUUUAUUUAAUUAUUUAUUACUGAAACUCUGAGCACCACGGUGAUUUAGUCAGGUAAAAAGAGAACCAGUUUUGGGACACUAAACACUCAGCUCGACACAGCUUGCUCACCAUUUAAUCUCACUGCGUUGUACUCCCCUCAGGUGACAGUUACAAGAUGUCAAAACUGAAUCUGUGAAUCUAGAAAGGGCCAGACUCCAAGAAACUAUUUUCAGCAGGAGUGUAUUUUUAUCAUUUUGCUCAAACUGUGGCUGUGAUGUGAGAGACAUACUGCCCAAUCAUGGCUUACAAAUCCUAAAAUAUGAUGCAAUAUUCCUUUUUUUUUUAGUUUGGGAUUUGGAAUUUUUAUGAGCUAAAACACAAGCACUUAUUAAAAAAUGUCGGCGCUCUGACGUGCACGCCUUGUGAUCGAAGAUUAUGAUUGGAUGAUGAGCCACAGUUUGCAAUGAUUGUACUGAAGGACUUUAUAAAUAAAAUAUACAGAGGAAUACAGUCAAGAGUUAAUUUUAGUGUCAAAUCUUAAUGCAAUGUGAUAAAGACCGUUAGAGCAUUUAAAGACAUUUAUAUGUAAAAACAUUCCUUAAGUGUUGUCAGUCUGGAGAAGGACUGAACGCAUGUCUUCAAACAAGAAGGGAUAGAAACGGAUCAGAAUAGCUGAAGCACAUCAUUCAGUGAGCCAGCAGCCAGUGUUGUUGCUUAUUGUUGUCUUUUCACCACAUUUUUCUAAAUCAUUGUUCAUUCACUCCAAGCAGCCAGAUGGUGUUUGUUCUGAAUAUAUUUAAGAUGCAUGUUUAGUUGUGUUUCUGCAGGAGCUCGACAUUUUGCACAGUCGUGUCCUCAUCAGGGAAAAUGCGUCAUAUUGUUCUGUGUGUAAUAUACAGAUGCUUUUAUUGUGAAGCAUGUGGUGUGUGACUGAGCCACCGUGUUUGUGAAACAUGCUCACUGUGUGAACAUGACCUGAAUGCUCUGUUGUGUAAAGGGGGGGGGUAUCUCCGCUGACCUCUCGUCUUGUGACGAUUUCUGUCGUGAUGCUGUUUGCGUGGAGGCAGCUGCUCUCAGGGUGUCAGUGAAGCAGUCGAAUCCUCUCAGAUGAUCCACAUGGUUUGAUUAGCGGGUAAACUCUGAUUUGUGAUUUUUGAGAGAGAUUUAUGUGGAGCCCAGCGGGGUCAGUGAAGAGCAAAGAAGUUGAUGAUUUGAAAUUGUUCGACGCUCUUCUGUUAUUGACCCGAGCAGCUGUGAUGACACGCAGAAAGCAGAGGUGGAAAUCUGAGGUAAAGAGGCAGCUCUGUCAUUUAAAUCUGAUUGUAAUAUAUGAAGUGUUUUUGUAUUCUGUUGUCCUGCUUUUUACCUCUGAUACCCGUUUGUGCUCAUUGAUACAUUUUUGCAUUUGUCUUGUUUACAAAUAAAGCCUCAGUAUGAAAGAA